CGUAGGUGGUAUCGUGGGGAGCGCUAAUGUAUUAUGCUAUUGACAACUGAGAGUUUAGAACUCAGUUUGACCAUGAUCAGUUAGUAGUCUGAAUCAAUGUUAACGCCACAAUAGGUUCUGACGUCGACGAUAUCUGGGAGGCGCCGACCGUCGAUAAAAAAUUAUUCAAUUUGUGUUUCCGUUCGCUGAGGUGACCUACAAGUGUAACGACACGAGGACAGUGAUCAGCCGCCUCUGACAUGGGGAACAGACGCUGUUUUGGGGCGUCAGACGCUCGGAUGGGCCCCCUUCCGUGUCAGCAUACGACCAAGAUCCAACCGGGGUUGGUUACCCGAUUUUCACUAUGGUUGUUCGUACCCCAGUCGACACCGCAAAAGGUACACGAAGUACCGAUGAUACGCUUAGUUCAGUCGGUUACCUACCUCGGCAACAUCUAUAAUACUUCACUAUUUCAUGCGUGACCAUUGCAGUGAAUUCUACUUGUUCACUUGACUGCCUUUGAGUCACCAGUUCAAUGGAUAGCAUCGACUUGCGAGGCACGCUAGGUUUGGCGCAGGCCAAAACUCGUCCGAAAAAUAUUUUCGAUGGUUUCACUAACCGUUCAGCUACUGUGAAAAGAACUCGUCAACAAAAGUAUGUUACCCGAGAAUCGAAGUCGGUAGCAGGGUCAGCGGUGGGAAUCAGUCUAGUCGAUCAGUUUGGUUAUCUGCAAAUCCAGCAUCGUGAGUUGAUAGACAAGUAUAAUGAAUUGGAACGAAGUCACAAGAAUGUUGAAAAUCGCUGCGUACAGCUUGCGACGGAGAAUACACAGCUGAGGGAAUCCUAUGAUGAGCUGCAGGAUAGUUAUAAUAAUUUGCUCGGAUCGCAGAAAAGCUUCAAUGCUGGCAAGUUGUUUGUGUACUUGAAGCUGAAACGACGGACGGACAAGGAGACACUCGUCCAGCGCAAUAUCAUCAAAAAUGAAGCCUGCUUCAAUACCAAUCUCGUAGAUGUAAUCUUUCAUGAGACACUUGGCAUUCCUAAGAUUAUCGUUGAAUGUGUGACAAUUGUCGAAUCGAGUGACAAAUUCAUGAAGUCUGUAGGGCUAUACCGGGUUUCGGGGAAUCACAAUACCAUUCAGAAUUUGCGGUAUGACAUCAAUGCAGAUAAUUAUAAAAAACUUCGGAAGCAAAAAACUCCUCACGAAGUGUGCGGAAUUUUGAAACUCUUCUUACGGGAACUCAAGGAUCCUAUCAUUCCUUUAAAACCAUUGAACCAAAUCAUUCCAGGCCCAUCGGAUAUGAUACAUCAAAGAUCGCUGAAGGUAUUGGAGUUGAUAAACUCGUUGGAUGAGACAAGGAAAAGUAUAUUGCGCUAUUUAAUGAGACAUUUGAAAAGAGUCGCUGCAAUUAAAGAGAACGAAAUGGACUCCGUAGGUCUCGGCAUUCUGAUGAGUUCCUGCAUUUUCAACGAAACACUUACUGACGUAUGUCCGGAGCGGUUUGAAACGAUAUGCGCAGUACCUCGAGAGUGUGUUAUUACUAUGAUUGAUAACUACGAAGAGAUAUUUGGAAAAUAAAUGUUAAAAUCUAGUG